AUGACCCAAUCCAGGGAAGAUAAACUAGUGGAGCGUGCAAAAGCAUUAAAAAUAACUGCUGGAACUGAACCCGAUGCAGACCUUGGUCCAGUGAUUAGCAAACAGGUGAAGGAACGGAUAUGCAGAUUGAUCCAAAUGACUGUUGACAGUGGUGCCAGACUAAUUCUUGAUGGAAGACAGAUUGUGGUUCCACAAUACGAACUGGGCAACUUUAUUGGUCCCACCAUCUUAUCUGAUGUCACUGACAACAUGGACUGUUGCAAGGAGGAAAUUUUUGGACCAGUUCUUCUUUGUAUGCAGGCUGAUAGCUUAGAUGAGGCCAUCGGCAUUGUUAACAGACAUAAAUAUUGCAAUGGGGCUUCUAUAUUUACUUCAUCUGGUGCGGCUGCAAGGAAAUUCCAGACUGAGAUAGAGGCUGGGCAGGUUGGCAUAAAUGUUCCUGUUCCAGCGCCCCUGCCUUUUGUCUCAUUCUCCGGCUCUAAGGCGUCGUUUGCUGGAGAUCUGAAUUUCUAUGGCAAGGCUGGAGUUCAUUUUUACACGCAGAUUAAAACAGUGACUCAGCAAUGGAAGGAUUUUUCUGAUUGCGGUGAAGUAUCCCCAGAACUGCAACUGAAGGAUUUCCCAAGUAGUGAUGAAACUUGCCUGGCAUUACAUUCGAAGGAACUCCCAAGUAGUGAUGCAGGAUUCCUGGUGUCACAAUCGAAGGAGUUCGCCAGUAGUGAUGGUGUUUUCAUGGCACUACAAUCAAAAGAUUUUCCAAGUAGCAAUGGCAUGUCGGCCGCGAUAACAGCAAUUGAUGGAUCAGAGUGGACCAAAAAUACCUAG